AGGGUGGGCAGUAACCAGCUUAUUAUAAAAGCCUGCAGCCUCCAAACAGGCAGCACAUUCUGGAAAAGCUUCUGAUAAACAGCUUCAAGCAUCCAACGAGAGAAGUACUUAUUUCUUCAGCCAUGGCUGAGAGGCGCAUCCCUUUCACUUUUCUCCGUACUCCAUCCUGGGAACCGUUCCGUGACUGGUACCAGGGCAGCAGGAUCUUUGACCAGGCAUUUGGGAUGCCAAUAUUACCAGAGGAGAUGCACGUCUUUCCCAGCAGCCACUGGCCUGGCUAUAUGCGCCCUUCCAUUGGUGCUGAGAUGGCCCCCCUGAUGCACAGCGCUCAGAUGCCCGCACCCCUAGUGCCUCAUCCAUCAACCUAUGCCCGCGCCUUGUCACGCCAGCUCAGCACCGGGGUGUCUGAGAUCAAGCAGACACAGGAUGCCUGGAAGGUGAGCUUGGACGUCAACCAUUUUGCUCCUGAGGAACUCACGGUGAAGACCAAGGAUGGUGUAGUGGAGAUCACUGGCAAACACGAGGAAAGGAGGGACGAGCAUGGCUUCAUAUCUAGAUCCUUCACUAGGAAGUACACACUGCCCCCUGGUGCCGAUGCAGAGAAAAUCACCUCCUCACUCUCCCCCGAGGGCGUUCUAACUGUGGAGACGCCACUCCCCAAACCCGCCAUCCAGUCCUCGGAGAUCACCAUCCCUGUAAACACGGCCAGCAGCGUUGUGCAAAAGCAAGAUGCCACAAAGUGAUGAAGAAGAGAAGAAAUGUUUCCGAGCAUGACAUUUGAGAUAGACAAGACACUGUUUUACAUACUGCAUGCUCUAUUCAGUGCACACUUUAGAAUAUGACAUGGGAUUGAUACAUUUCUUGUUUUUCACUUUGUCUUUCUUUUUGUGUGUCACCAUUACCAUGUGUACUGCAACCAUAUGUUAGUUCUCCUGUAAUUACGCACUUCCUUUGAGUAAUGGACACUCACACAAACACACACACACAUACCGUUUGCUGGCGAGAACUGAAAGCAGUUUGCACACUUGCUAAUAGAGGGGUGUUGGUUUCUUUGACACAUAAACACACAAGUAGCACUACACACAGAGAGACAGUCUUGACACCAUUCACACACCUCUGACCCCCAACAGAGCAGUUAUUUCCCUCCCUCUGGUACAAGAGAACAAACAGUAUGAAAAAGCUCCGUGGGGUGUUAAGGCUGUGUAAUGUUCUUAUAAUGAGUUGAGGGGAGAAAUUUGGAAGAUAAUUUAGCAGAACACAAUGCUAUGAACUUUUCAAUAAACUUUUAAACUUCAGACUUCAAA